AUGGCUUUGAAAUCUGCUGCUUUAUUUGAAAAGAUGGAUCCAUUCAUCAAAAGCCAAGGAGCUGAAUUAGUUAAGAAAAUCAAUGCAGUUUAUUAUUUCGAAGUAUCUAAAGCUAAAGGAGAGACUCCAGAAGUUUGGACCGUUGAUCUUAAAAAUGGAACAGGAGCAAUCUCCAAAGGAAAAGUCGGAACAGCCGAUGCCACCUUCACCAUGAUAGACGAUGACAUGAUUGCUAUGGCCCAAGGAAAGUUGAAUCCUCAAUAAGCUUUUAUGCAAGGAAAGAUGAAAAUCAAGGGAAAUAUGGCUGCAGCAACCAAAUUCACCCCAGAUCUAUUACCAAAGGAUGCAAAACUUUGAGUAAAAUAUUAAGAUCCACAUCAUAUUCAAAUAUUAAUUCUAUA